AUGGACGAUAUUAUGUUCACAGGCAGAGACGCGGAUACCACCUUCCUUCGCAAGCUCGCCCUUCGUAACAACGGCUUUUCACAGUACCUUUACGAAGACUAUGACACAGGCAACCAGUUGGUCGAUAUGUACCGCAAGGUCUCUUCUCCUCUACUCUCUAACGUGAAAUUCCACUAUCCUAGUGAACAGAUACAAAUAGGAACACUGAGUCGUAAUCAGUAUCACAUUAUCAACGCGGGCUCCGAAAUCGUGGUUGUUGGUAAACUCGACGACGACGCUUCUGAGUACGACAUUUCGCCGUAUGUUACUGGAUACUAUGGCAGUGAAGAUGGUCUUUCUAGAAUUCCCUACGAAGUGUACCCAAGAGUAACCGUGAAGUGCGGCACUAACCAGUUGCCUCUGGAGCGGCUCUGGGCCUACCUGAACAUCAAGCAACUGCUGGACGAACGCGAUGCUACUGAUGAUGAAGCUGUGAAAACCAGUGCCGAGAAAAAGGCUCUAAAUAUUGCUCUUAAGUAUGAGUUUGUAACACCUCUGACGUCACUAGUAGUAGUAAAACCGAACGCGACAAACGCUGUCGACCUCGAAUCCGCUGACAAGCAACCAAGCUCUGGUUUUCUUGGUGGCGCGCAGUUUGCUGCUUCACCGGCUUUUGUUUCUAAUGCAGCUGUAUCUAGAGCUGCACCAGCUAUGCUGUCUAAGACAGCAGUACGUCGAGCCCCUGGACCAGCAAUUCAAGCUUUUAUACCAGCACCAGCCCCAGCAGUUGCAGCAGACGCACUACAAGCUCCCGACGUCUCAACAAUACCUUCACCUGGGCCUGCACCUGGACCUGCACCUGUACUUGCACCUGAAGCUGUACCUGCACCCACACCUGACCCUGCACCUGCGUCUCCUCUAGACAAAUAUCAUCUUCAAAACUUCAAGUGGACAUCAUCGAUACUCAACAAGAACAUCAGUGCACUAGUGUUCGAAAAUAAUGGAAUUCAGAUCACACUUGACCUUACCGAAGAUAUUAAUGUGCCAAAGGAGGCUGGUGGAGACGCCCAAUGCUCAACAUGGUGGGGCCAGACCUCAGUGGGGGCAAACACUGGGAACUCUUGCGUGUACCUCACACGGUGCCGCGUAGCCCAAACCCUCACAGUCGACGAAUACAGUAAUAGUUACUGUGUUAUCAACAACAGUUACGCUGGUGUUUGCUGUCCCAAUAACGAGGUUGACAAACCUUGAAAUUGCAAAAUUUCAUAGUGAUUCAAGAUUUUUCUUUUUAUUUCAAUGUAUUUUAUCAUUUCAAUUCAUAUGUAUAUUAAAGUUUAU